AUGGGAGCUCUUCUCCCCUCAGUGUGGAGCCUCGUCCUCCUCAGCGUGGGAGCCUCGUCCUCCCUCAGUGUGGAGCUCCUCCUCCUUCCAGUGUGGAGCCUCGUUCUCCCCUCAGUGUGGAGCCUCAUCCUCCCUCAGUGUGGACCUCAUCCUCCUCCUCAGCGUGGAGCCUCGUCCUCCCUCGUGUGGAGCCCGUCCUUCCUCUCCAGUGUGGAGCUUCGCUCCUCUCAGUGGGAGCCUCGUUCUCCCCCUCAGUGUGGAGCCUCAUCCUCCCCUCAGUGUGGAGCCUCAUCCUCCCCUCAGCGUGGGCCUCAUCCUCUCAGUGUGGAGCCUCGUUCUCUUUUCAGUGAUGGGAGCCUCGUUCUCCCCCUCAGUGGGAACCUCACCUCCCUCAGUGGAGCCUGGUCUUCCCCAUCAGUGGGAGCUCGCUUCCCAUCAGUGGGAGCUCGUCCUCCCCUCAGUGUGGGAGCCUCGUUGCCUCCCCCUCAGUGGGAACCUCAUCCUCCCUCAGUGGAGCCUCGUUCUCCCCACGUGGGAGCCCGUCCCCCUCAGAGUGAACCUCGUCCUCCCCUUCAGUGUGGCUUCGUCCUCCCCUCAGUGUGGAGCCUCCUCGUCUCCCCCUCGGUGGGAGCUCUCCCUCCUCAGUGUGGAGCCUCGUCCUCCCUCAGCGUGGAGCCUUGUCCUCUCAGUGAGCCUGUCCUCCCCUCAGUGUGGGAGCUCGUCCUCAGCGUGGGAGCCCGUCCUCCCCUCAGUGUGGACCUAUUCUCCCCUCAGCGUGGGAGCCCGUCCUCUCAGUGGGCCUUGUGCCCUCAGCGGGAGCCCGUCCCCCCUCAGUGGGAGCCUCGUCCUCCCUCAGAGUGGGAGCCUCGUCCUCCCCUCAGAGUGGAGCUUCCGUUCCUCCCAUCAGUGGGAGCCUCGUUCUCUCAGGAGUUUGUCUCCCUCAGUGUGGAGCUUGUUCUCCCUCAGAGUGGAGCCUCGUCCUCCUCAGUGGGAGCCUCUUCCUCCCCUCAGGGAGCCUCGUCCUCCUCCUCAGCGUGGAGCCUCAUCCUCCUCCCCUCAGUGGAGCCUCGUUCUUUCAGUGUGGGCCUCGUUCUCCCCUCAGUGUGA